AUGGUACUUACUUGGUCAACUUCGUUGAUACUUAUCAGUCUUGGUUGGCUAGGAACUGGAAUAACGAUUUCUGAAGCCUCGACUUGUGUCCAGAACAUAACAAAAGCAACUGAUGAAUCAGCUAAUCGAGAAAUUUUAGAAAUUGCUUGUGGUAAAUUAAUUCAAUCAGCAGGAAUAUGGUUCAAUAAUAAUGAACCCAAUGUCAAAAAAUGGUCAGAUUUCGAAACGGCAUUUCGAAAACGAUAUUUUUCUUCAACAUCAACUCAUAAGAAGUUUGAUACAUUAAAACAACGUAAACAAUUACCGGAUGAACCCAUUACGUUUUAUUUUGAUGACAUUAUUAAUUUAUGCUGGAAAAUUGAUUCAUAUAUGUCAGAAAAAAUUAUAAUUCAACAUUUAAUGAGUCGAAUUAAUCCUGAUCUUAAGAAGGAAUUAUCAAGACGUGAAUCAUCUAUCAAUACAUUAAAUCAAUUUUUAAAAUUCGCAAAAAAUGAACAAGAUUUACAUGACACAUUUGGUAGUCUAUCACUUGAUUCACAACAACGUCAUCUUAAUUAUAAUCAUUCAUCAAUUCCAUCAUUAACGGCUACAAUUAAUCAACCAAAACAAUAUUAUAAUAAAAUGAAGCACAAUAAUUCCAUUUCACAUUCAACACAAUCACAGAGCUCCGUUUCUCAGCGGAACUCGAUUCCAACACUUGGAAAUCAAACAUUUAUGGCACCUGAUCGAAAACAAACUCGAAAUCAUCCACCACAAUCAAUAUCAAAAAGGAAACCAAUCAAUAGUCGACCAACAUUACAACAUCGAUUCAACAACUGCAAAGUUUGUGGUCACAAGAAUCAUCGAACAAUCGAUUGUUAUUAUAAAUGUACAAUUGGAUGUUUUAAUUGUGGUCAAAAUCAUAAUAUCCGUGAUUAUACAUUACCUCCAAAUUUUCAAUAA